UGGUAGACUACAAAAUGGAUUGGUAAAAAUCGAUAAAAUUGGACCAAAUUUAAUGAAACAUUAUGUCAAACUACAUCUCUCACAGUUCUAAGGAUAUAAGUGAAAAGGAUGUAAACUUUGGUGGAGGUAAAUGCAAUUUGAACACAUUAAAUCACACUUUAGGUCAAACAAGUUAUCGAACCAUAUUGCAAUUGUAUCAAAUAUUCUUAAGGAUGCAAGUAAAGUGGAUGGGACGUUUGAUACCGAAUAUGCCUUCUGACAAGUUUUACCCGAAUCCUGCGUAAUAAAUACUUGUUUGAGAGUCUGCGUACUCAAUAAUGCCAAUUAUGAUUUAUAAUUGUUUGCGUACCGCGCAUAACCCCGCAUCCUAAUAAGUCAUCCAUAAACUCCUUCAAAAUCCAGCAACUCUCCGAUCACUCUUUCUGCAGCUGGGGUUUUCAAAUUUUUUUAUGAUGAUUCCACAACUAUUGUCUCGUAUAAUUAAGCUCCCAGUGCAAAAUUAAAAUAAACAUCUGGCUUUAAUUUAUUUUUGAAUGUAUAACCGUUUCACUAGUACAGUUUCAAAGUUGUUUAUAAGAGGCUAACAACAAACCUGACUGUUUGCAAACGGCGAUUUGAUUCGAAGCUGCUACAACGAUUCGGAAAGAAAAUUUACCCUGAAAAUGUAUCUCUGCAAACGUGUCCGGAAACUAUUUGUCAUAUUUCUCGUCAUUGAAUAUUCACUGUGUGACGUGAAGGAACCGAGAUGUUACAAUUGGUUUGACAACGAGGAGAAAAUGUUGGAAAAAAUAGUGAAAACAGAUAGCAAGAUGGAGGAAAUUCUCGGUAAAUUAGAAGUGCUGGAAAACAGACAAACCUACGUUGAAACUGAGAUGGACAAUUCAGUAAAGAAAAUACACGGUCUUAGAACGAAACACGACGAUUUGGAAACCGAAUUGGACAAUUCAAAGGCUGUAUUGGAAAGAUUUGAAAACAUGACGAAAUCUGGUUUUGAUAGACUUGAUCAAUCUAUCAAGAUGAACGAUCGACGAUUCGACGCUAUAUUCACAAAUAUUACAGUUUCAGAGAGCAAGCUUCAAGCCCCCGUUGCAAUCUUCGCCAGAGUUUCGUCAGCCUUUAUCUCAUCCAUCGGCCAGACGCUGGUGUUCGACGACGUGUUCACAGACGUUGGCGGCGGUUACAACCCGGGGACAGGCGUGUUCAACGCCCCGGUCGAUGGUCUCUACGUGUUCUCCAUCACUGUUAUGGUGCAAAUGUCCUCGUCGGCGGCAAUAGCUCUAUUUGUUUUAAAGAAGAACGACGAUGCUGUAAUGUGGCUUUAUGUAAACGAAAAUUAUACUGUUACCGAGAUGGCUUCGGGAACUGGCCUACUCUCCCUGAAGGUUGGAGACACAGUUCGUGUUACAAGUGACCCUAGUGGACGGCAUAUCUAUGGCUCAUAUACGUUCUUCUCCGGUUUUAAGUUGUAGUUUGUUUAGGAACUAACGUGUAGUGGAUUGUCGAGCCCUUGGACAUGUAUGUAAACAACGUACACUACUUAUAUGGGCACUGGUUGUGUAAUUUCAGUCAGGAAGAACAAGAAGAAAACCCGAGACCCCAUUGUACAUAAAACCAUUAUAACUAACGAGUGUAACGUCUUAAACACACUAAUCAAAACGUGUCAUCGUUUGUCGGUGCCUUGACAGUUUAAUACAUAAACAUUAAAAUAUUGAGCAUAUGUUAUCUUAACAGCAGAGUAACAAUUUCACUUUCUUUUCAGAAACCUUGCGUUAAGAAAGCUUGCAAUUUAAACUAUAACAUCCUUUAUAUAAUUUGAAAACCGAAGGGCAGCAUUUGAAAUGUUCUACCCGAAUUUUAUUAAAACACGAGGCAGCAAUUAAAGUAUGUGUUGGCUGUUAAAGGGUUUCUGUCAGAGACUAGAUGUUAACCAAUUAAAAAUGGGGUGCAGUCAAUAGAUUAAACGGGUAAAAACAUUUUACAUAACUCAAUGUCUAAAACGAUAUACCUACUUCCGUGCAUCUUUGAUCGAAAAUUUGUGCUACUUUCUGUUAAAGCAGAACUAUGUUCUAGAGAUAACGUUUGAUUACAUUUACGAGUUAAGAAAUUAAUGGCUGGUUGAAUAAAGCCUCUUAUUUAUUUAUUUAUAACAUUGUAGUAAGACUGUGCAAAAAAUAUUUUAUUCAUUAAAUACCAAACAUAUAACAGAGAACAUAUUUGCCAGUUGAUAUCCUCCGCCGCUGUCAUUUCAUUGUCGAACAAAAUAUAUACUCAAAGCGAACAUUUCAGCAAAACUACUGACAAAGAGUCAUUCAUUUCAAUAAAAAAACAGGAGUAUAAAUUUAAUAGAAACCAAAAUAAGAUAUUUGCUAUUGUUAUCUUACAAUGGUUAUUUUUACUGGUAUUCUUUUUGCAAAAACAGUUAUUUCUCCAAAAGAACAAGUUCGAGUACAAUAAUUUCAGGGCUAUAACUGUGAUGUCAUUGGUCCAAUCCAGCCAAAACGUGAGCAUGCGUCGUUGUACUAAGACGCAUGAAUCAUGCAAUUUAUGACACUUAGUUCUAUAUAUAAUUAAAAUGGUUCCAAACGGCCACAUAAGUGUUUUGUCAUUAAUUAAAGGGCGAU